CUUGGAAUAAGACGCCAGUCGCCCGGGAACAAAGUGUUGUUGAUCACGUCAGUUGAAUCUCAACGCCCUCCGGGCUCCAUGCGGACUAAUUAAUAAAAGGACGCUGACUGGGGCUUGAUUAUUUAAGUUGAUCCGCAAUCGCAAAAUACCUCCUCGUAUAGGAGCCAGUAGUUGAUUUCUCUCCUAAUUUUAAUACCACAUUUUCGCUCAUAAAAGUGGAGCGAGAACCUGAUUUUGCGAACACAACAUGGCGUCAUGGCAUCACAAACAGCAUAUGCCGAAUCUGCAAGGCAGGGUUGCGUUUGUAACAGGCGGAAACGCAGGUAUCGGCUACCAUACCGUCGUCUUUCUUGCCAAGGCGGGUGCCAAGGUGUAUUUUGGAGCCCGGUCGGCCUCCAGAGCCGAGGCGGCCGUCGAGAGGAUGUAUCGAGAGAAUCCCGGCUUACUGCACGGGCAGGUCAAUUGGCUACAGGUUGAUAUGGCAUCCAUGAAGAGCGUUCUAGCUGGCUGCGACAAGUUCCGCGCCUCUGAGUCGAAGCUGAAUAUCCUGAUCCACAACGCCGCUCACGAAGGAAGAGAGCCAUCCAACAUGGCGGACUCGGGGGUUCAAAUUACAAUGCAGACAAAUCACUUGGCAGUUUUCGCCAUGACCCAAGAGCUUCAGCCAAUGCUCAGAACCGCUGCCGCAGAGAAAGAUUCCGAUGUUCGUAUCGUCAACGUGAGCUCCAAUGCUCCAUCUUUAACUCACUCUGAUGAAUGGCGUCCGGACUUUUCCGACCCCCACGGCGGGGACAUUCGGUAUCCUGCUGGCCAGGCCGACGGCUUCCUAGCGGCCAUGAAGCGAUACAGUGUAUCCAAGAUGGCCAUGAACCUGCUGACCGCGGAGCUUCAAGCUCGCUAUGACCGCGAGGGUGUGCCUAUAAUGGUUAUAUCAGUUUGUCCCGGAGCGGUAUGGACGCCGGGCACCAGGCGUGUCUUACCCUGGUACCUCCUACCCGUCUCCUACGUUAACAGCUGUAGUGAGAUUGAAGGUCCCAAGGCAGUACUUUUUGCCGCAGUGGCUAAUGAAGUUCGGGAACAAGAGAUGUAUUUCAAGGGACAAUUCAUCAAUAGAACCCAUCUAGUGAUCAAGGGUCAUCCAGUCACAUAUAACCAUGCAGCAGGUCAGCAGCUAUGGUCGGUAUCCAAGGAGUUGGUCAGAGAAUUCAAAGAUAAAGCACGUCCAGAAUGAUAUCUCUGAGUCUAGUUGAGCAUAAUUGAUAGAGAUAGCAAUCAGACUAAAGGCUCCCCUGACGUAAAGGUCUACUUUAAACCUCAAGUUGACACGGAAAACGUUGAGGAGAUGAUGCG